UCCCUCUCCCCGCCUGAAUAAAGUCACAAGAUGUCGGCAGAACAAGGUGCUGAAUUUGGCUCCUGUCGGAUGUGCCUGAAACGGCUCACGUAGCCCCGUCCUUGAGUGCUGCCCUGGGCCGGAUACACUGAAGUGGAGGGACGGCCGCCUCGGCAAAGGAUGUUGCCAUGGAUGAGGAAGAUGACAUGAGUUUGCUGGAUGUCAUUUGUGAUUCUCAAGCCCUGAAUGACUUUCUGCAUGGAUGUAACAAGGUGCCGGGUCCGUCCCCGUCAGUCGGUGAGGGAGGUUCCAGCCAAGCGGCAGUACCCGCUGCCUGUGCCGAGAUCUCCGAGCUGGAGGAUGACCUCGUGGACUGGUCGUCUGCCUCCACGGGGAGUGGGGAGGUUACUGGUGGCAACCUGCAGCGGAUCCGGCCAGAGAAGGUCCACAUCAGGCUGCAGACCCGGCGAAAGGAAGCCACACAGCACACCACGCUCUCCGCAGGGUUGGACACCAAUCGUGGGGGCGCAACUCUUCCACAGCAGCCACCCAGCGCCCCUCGACCUCCCACCCCCACUACCCCUCGACCUCUCACCCCUACCACCCCUGGACCUCUCACCUCUACCACCCCUGGGCCUCUCCCCACCAUCGCCCCUCGACCUCUCCCCCCCUCCACCCCUCGACCUCCCACCCCUGGACCUCUCCCCACCAUCGCCCCUCGACCUCUCCCCCGUUCCACCCCUCGACCUCUCCCCUCCUCCACCCCUCGACCUCUCCCCCCCAGCGCCCCUCGACCUCUCCCCCCCUCCGCCCCUCGACCUCCAACUACCACCACCCCUCGACCUCUCCCCCCAAGCUCCCCUCGACCUCUCCCCCCCAGCACCAUUCGACCUUUUCCCCCCGCCGCCCCUCGAUCUCCCACCCCCGCCGCCCCUCGACCUGCCACUCCCGACACCACUCGACCUCUCACCACCAGCAACCCACGACCUCCCACCCCCAGCGCCACUCGACCUCCCACCCCCGCCACCCCUCGACCUGCCACCCCCGCCACCCCUCGACCUCUCACCCCCAGCACCCCUCGAUCUCUCACCCCCAGCACCCCUCGACCUUCCACCCCCGCCACCACUCGACCUCCCACCCCCGCCACCCCUUCACCUCCACUGCCCCAGCCUGCCAACCCUCGCUCCAUCAACAAGAGCAGCAGCAGGCAUUGUCUAUUUCGGCAGGUGGGAUUGAGCAAGGAACAACCGAUGGCCAGUGUUCAGACCACAUCCAAUGGCAGCCCUGGAAUCUCCAGCCUCGGACAGGCCAGUCCACCCGUUGCAAUGUCCAGUGGCCCGAUUCAUCAGCAACUACUUGCCAAACCCGGCUGCUCUUCACUAAGCUGCUGCCCUGCCUCGCCUUUGGGCAACCAAGUGACCCCCAGCUCGCUGGUGUGUGUGUUGCAGAAAGGCACCAGCCUGCCUAGGAACUCACUCUUUGCCAACGCAAGCCUCUCACCGCCAACACAGCCGGUCACCUUCAAACCAGCCACCACUCGACAGGUGGUCCACCCCCCACCGUCCAGCAUGAAUGUGGUCCACAGAGCUCCCCCUGCAAUACAGCCAAAGCACUGCCUGAAUAUCCAGACCAAAGCUCUCCAGAGAAGCCCAAAGCCUUCCCUUAGGCCAAACUCUCCAGCCCUGCACAACAUGGAAGCUGCCACGCAGCAGCAGACAGCUGUGCUGAACCCGACCUUCCCAGUGGAUGCUCCCGUCCGGAAUGUCGUUCUGCCGCCCUGGGCUUCCAGCCCGAUGACAGGGCAAACACAACCAGCACAGCCCCGCUUGGACAACCCCACGUUCGUUCAUGUUCCAACCCAGGCCAGCACCCUCUCAGUUCCUCAGCCUGUGGUUCCAGCCAAGAGACGGUUUAUUCUACCAGGACAUUUGGCCUCGGUGGUCAGUAGACUCCAGCCACUGCCGGCUGCUUGUGCCGGGGCUGGUUUCACUGGCCAGAGCUCAGUGACUCUGGGACUGCCCAGGCAGCCUGCAGCCACACACAUUGUGGGCCAUCAGGGUCCUUCUGGACAGUUAAACGCCAAGAAGCCUUCACCUGCACAGAUCCUGACGGGCCAAAGCACGGCAUGGCACAGGACAAACUUUGGGCAGGUGUCCGCAGCGCCGGGCAGGCAGCCGGUGGUUGGCGGUGGAAGAGCUGGCGUUCUCACUGGACCCGGUCAGCUGGCUUCUUCCACGCUGCUUCGGGUGCCGACUCAUCCGGACGCUGACUUCCCACAGUCCCGAUCAUCUGAUCAGUGCGUGAGAUCUGUUGUACAGCCCAUGUUGCUGCCAAACCGGAUAACCGUGCCCGGCGACACUGGCCCCACGGAGCAUCCAGUGACCCUGCAGCAGCUGAGUGCCGUCCCCUCCGGCAGCUGUGGCGUGCAGCCACGGGCUUCCAGGAACGCGGAGCUGACACCGGGUCUCGGACUCCUACAGACUCGCACUCCGCCUCCGUGCUGCCCCCACGCUCCAGCCCAACUGCAGGGCUCGUGGCAUCAUCCUCCUCCCCUCUCAGUCACACCCCCACAAACUGGCAACACCCUGGCUGAAAACACCGGCCAAUGCAUCAGCCAACUGGAUGGGAGAUCCACACUCAACUGCGACCAGCUCUUGCUGUUCCAACAGAAGGAGCGGAAGCAGCAACUUCUCUACCGACAAGUCUUGAAGAUGCAGCAGGAGAGAGGGCUGUGCCUGACAUCUACAAGCCGCCUGCCAGUCGGCAGCGCCGCAGUACCCGCCAUCACCAGUGGGGGGAGUGGAGCUGCAGUGCCAGCAAACGCUGUUCCAAUGGAAGCCGAAAUCCUCACCGCCGUAUCCCGGCCUCAGUCCAGCCUCUUCCUGCCAGUUCUGGCAAGCCAGCUUGAAGAACCAGUGGGGAGUUUGAAGCAAUCAGUGGAAACUAUUCAAAAGAGGGACAACUUGUUACUUGAAAGAUUCUGCAAGGACCAGACCUCAGUUAUGCAGCCCGAUUGUAACACUCCGUUUCAUUCCAUUGAGGACACUGUUUUGAGUCUUUUGCCCUAUCACGUAUGCGAGGGUGCAAUGCCAUCUAGUGUGGAUUUUAUCAAAGUGGAUGAAGAGUUUCAGGUUGUGUCGGCAAAUCUCCUCAAGCAGACCCAGGCCAUGCAGAACAAAUAUCGUAUGCUGCUCUUCGAAGAGUCCAGGAGGACAAAAUCCUCCGCUGAGAUGGUGAUGAUCAAUCGGAUGUUCAUUCAGGAAGAAAAGGUGGCUUUCCUGGAAGCAAGACAACUGGCCAGGGACAGUCCCGAUGCAUAUAUUUCAUCGGUUUUCCAACCAGACAUCGACAACUCUCCACCGACCUCUGCUUGUCUUCUUGUUGCUCCCAAUACACUCAUUCAAAGUACAAAGCAGCUCGCAGCCCCCGAGCUGGAUAUCAGGCAGGCCAGGAUCUGGCCCUUGGACGCUGGUGUGAGAGCCCCACCGGCUGGAGAAGAUCCCGUUGUCUCCAGCCCCCCCAGCCCUCCGAAAAUCUACACAGUCAGAAGCAGAAGUGGACUCAAGCUGAAGAUAAAGCAGGAAGCAGGUUACAACCAGGUUGUUCAUCACACAGAAUUUGACCAUCUACCUGUAAGUCCAGUCAAGCAGCUCUCAGGGACCAGAGGCUGUACUCCAAGCUCCUUCAAUCACAGCAACAGAGCUUGCAAUUGCACCGUCCCGUCCCUGGCUGAGCGACGGCUGCUGGAACGUUUGGGCACCAGGGACCUGCCGAAACAAAGGCUCCACCUUGCGAAAGGCAAAAUGAAUCGCCCUUGUUGUUGCAGCCCCAUUCUGGUACCUGAUCCAACCAGAACAUACCUGCCUCAGGACAGUGCUGCAAGUAGACUUGGAGACGACCAGAAGGUCAGUCUUAGCUGCUGCCCACUGGGCACUGGAGCUCGGCACUUGACCUCCGACAGCAGGAAUGCAGGCGGCAGCUUGCCGUUCAGAACCAGGGGUCGGCCAGGAGGGAGGUGGGGCGACCACACAAGCAACGAGGUGGAGGACACCAUCGCGCGGGGUCUGAUGGAGGUGGACUCCAUCUGUCACCUGCCCUGGGAGCUGUCUCUCCCUCGGCCCAAGCGGCGGCGGUCUGAGUCGGAGGAGAACGGCAGCUUCUCCAGCGACAGUCCCCAGGACAGCGCGUUGAAUCAGCACCUGCAGAGUGCCAUCAACAGCAUCCUGGACCUGCAGAGGAUGCAGACAUCAGAGGAAGAGACUCCUGAGCUAGCCGAGCUGAGCACCCCUCCCUGCUCCCCUAGCUCUCCCUCGGAGGACUUCAUGCAACAAGAACAAGAAAGUGGUAUCAUUGGAGCUGAGACCUCCACUCUGGGAGAGAUAGUAAACAGCACCUGAAGCGACUAGCGAGAUGCUGGAACGUAAGAGGAAUAGGUUGGAAAUUAUGUUUAAUUUUAAAAACAUUGCACCUGUCUUUUGGUUUGAGUGCAGAAAACUAUAGUUGAACAGUCUCCUGGACAGUGCCUACACAGAUUAUUAUAUAAUACCAGUUGUGCAGGAGAAGGUCAAGCUGUAGAUGAAGCAGCUGACACCUACACAAGCAGUUUUGUACAAUAGCAUUAUUUAUUAACACUAAAGACCAAAUCAGAUGUUUCAAUCCUUGAUAAACCUCCAAGUGUACCUCAAAGUGUGCAGUGGUCAGUUGGAGGAUUUUAUUGAUCACUGGUUUACUCAUCUCACAGCACUGAAUCCUGGUUAUUGCAGCCCUGUGUUUCUCACUGCCUUUAACAUGUUCCUUCAUGGCCAGAAUUUCCAGUCGUGUGGGUUAGCACUAUGGUCCAUGGUUGCCAUAGUUCCUCCUUCCUCUGGAGACAGGUUGACACCAGUUUCUUUCACACACCCCAGCAGGACAUAGUUCAAUCAUGAAGUUCGGGUCCUGACCCGAAACGUCACCCAUCUGUGUUGUCCAGAGAUGCUGCCUGACCCGCUGAG